UCUUUCUUUCUUUUUUUUUUUUUUUUGAGACAGGGCCUUACUAUGUAGUCCAGGCUGACCUCAAGCUCACUGUGAUCUUCCUGCCUCAGUCUCCUGAGUGCUGGGAUCACAGGUUGCCACCUUGCCCACACCGGGUAUGAACCAGUGAUCCUUCUGGCUCAGCGUCCUACAGUGCUGCGAUGACAGGCCUACGCUGCUCACCGACCCUUUCUUUCCUUCCUUGGUGAUUCUGUUCCUGGAAUUUCCCACUAUGCUUCUCCUGGUUGACCUGCCUGAUGCCAUGGGGUGUUGUACAGCCAUCAUCUCCCAGCUUGUCUGCCUCUGCAGUGUUGGAUCUGCAGUGUUCUGAUUCCCCACACCAUCCUGUUUUACCUCCUUCUUUCUGUGGAGCACAUACUACAGUAGCUUUCUGUGAAAAGGUACAUGCAAAGACAUCUUUUGGGUCUUAGUAUGCCUGAAAAUCGCCUUCAUUGUACCUUCUUCUCACUUCAGGGAUAUUUGGAGAAUAACCCUCCCCAUCCUCAAUUUUGAAGGAAUAGCCAUCACCUUUUAUAUUCUAGUGUUCCUUUUGAGGAAUAUAAAGCCUUUUUUUGUCCCUGUGGUGCUGGGAAUAAUUGAAUGGAGGGCCAUUUUGCCAUUUUGAUUCUUGUACUUUUUUUUUUUUUGAGAUGGUCUCAUGUAGUUUAGGCUGGCCUUGAACUCACUGUGUGGCCCAGAUUGGCCUAGAAUUUGUGAUGCUCAGGCCUCAGCCUGUAGUGGCUGGAGUGUCACCACAACUGACCUAUUUUAAUUCUUGAUCUUUGUAUGUGAGUGAUCAUUUUUCCCCUUUUGCAAAUGCUCAGCAUCCUUUAGAACCACAUACUAGCUAAGAGCACAGGCAGACUCACCUGUUUCAUCACCUCCUGGCUGUGUAGCUUGGACAUUUUACCCAAGGACGCCUCAGUUGUUUUUUAAAGAGGGUAGUAGGACCUGGGGAUGUAGCUCAGUGGCAGAGCGCUCGCCUGGCAGGUGCCAGGACCUGCCUUUGAUCCCCAGCACUGCAAAAAUAAAGAAAAAAAUAAACUGGGCCGACAGCUGCCCUUCCGUCUGUGUGAAAACUAAGUGAGUUAUAUGCAUCAGUCCCUGGGACAUGGCCUGGCCUUGGAGUUCUUGCUGUUUUUCAUUGGAUCGCUGUGCUUUUUUGAGACAGGCUCUCACUGUGUAGUCCAGGCUGGCCUCAAACGCACAGCAAUCUCCCAUGAGCAGCCUCACCAAUGCUGGGAUCACAGGCAUGCGCCACCGUGCCCAGGUGAAUUACUAUUUUCAUUAGAAUUCUUUCCAUCCCACUAUUUUUGCUAUUUUUUAAUACUAUGUUAGCCUGGAUGGGUUUCUUGGGCUGAUCAUCAAAUUUUCCUCCACUUGCUAUUUGUCAUGUCUUUCUAUUUCUUCUGUUUUCUAGAUGUCCUUAACAGGAUCUGCUAAUAUUUCAAUUUUAAUUUUUUUUUUUUUUGGUUCUGGGGAUCAAACUCAUGACCUCAUGCUUGCCAGGCAGGCGCUUGUGACACCACUGAGCUAAAUCCUCAGCCCCUCAAUUUAAUUUUUUAAAUUGGUUAAAAAUGAAUAGUCUCCAAGUGCUCUUAUAAUCUGGAUGUUUCUUGUCUGACGGUGCUGGGAAUUAAAGCACCUUGUACACAUGAAUCAUGCACACUACUGCAGAGCUGAGUCCCCAGCCCCUGCUUUUUUCAAAAUAGCAUCUCCUUCUAUUUCAUGGGUACAGUCAUUUUCAUUACUUGGAUGAUGUUUAUUUUGUGGUGUGGGAGAUGGAAUCCCUGGUCUUCACCCUGAGCUAUAUCAUGGGCCCUCUUUUUUUUUUUUUGUCUUUUUGAGACAGGGUCUCUCUAUGCAGUUCAGGCUGGCCUUGAGCUCACUUUGUAGCCCAGGCUGGUCUCUGGCUGAGGCAAAGACCCUCCUGCCUCAGCCUCCCAAGUGCUGGGAUUACAGGCGUGAACCACCAUGCCCAGCUAAAACAAAGUCUUGCUAUUUUGUCCAGACUAGCCUCAAAUUUAACGAUCCCUCUGCCUCAGUCUCCCAGAGUGCUGGGAUUGCAGGCCUGUACCACCAUACCUGGCUGCCAUAGUGAUAUUAAUUGUAUUUUUUUCCAGGAGUUUUCUUUUCUCUGGCCUUGUCUGUGUUUCUCCUAGGCCCCUGUCUGGGACUUGCAAGUGUCUCAUUGUUUCAGAGGGCAGUCCCAGGAGCAGGUGUGGCUCAGAUGCAGGGAAGGAGCUUAGUGGCCAUUGAAAAACUUCCUGAAUGUCAAUCUCUGUAAGAGGUUUUCUUUUGACCUUGUAAAUCUCAGGAGUAAAAAUCCUCCAGUUUCUGCAUGGGUAGGUUUCAUCGUCUUCCUGAGGUCCUCGUGGAGGACCUGCACGUAAGAUUCCUGUCUUCUGGUCCUCACCCCACUCCUGAGAAUUCAUGCCUUUCCUUGUAAGCACAGGGCUCACAGGAGGGCGGGCACAAGUGGGGCUCUACAUUUGUCUGUGUGUGAAACCAGCUGUCUAAUGUUUAGCAUGGGGCAUGCACCUGUAAUAGCUCCUCAAGAAGCUGAGGCAGGAGGAUCUCUGGUUUGAGAGGCUAAUCUGGGUAAUUUUGUGAGACAUUCACAACAAAGCAAAGCAAGGCCGAAGAAUUCCAUUGGGCUUGUCCUCAGCCCCUCCUUGUGCCCUUGCCCUAGGCUUGGGGAGAGAUCAGGAUCUGAAAUGGUUUUUUCUAUUUUUCUUUGGUCUUUUUGAGACAGGGUCUCACUAUGCAGUUCAGGCUGGUCUUGGUCUCACUUUGCAGCCCAGGCUGGUCUCGAACUUGCAAAUGAUUCUCCUGCCUCAGCUUCCAAGUGCUGGGAUUGCAGGAGUGAACCACCACCGACGCCCGCCGGCUUUUCUGGAAUGGUUUCUUGAUUGUUCCCUUCCAGGUUAGGUUUCAGAUGUCCCCCAUUCACCACCCUGCGAAGCUGCUCUUUAGCUUUCCUGCGCUGCACCCCCAUUUCCCUCUAGUUCUGAUUUCUCUCCUUUUAAAACCACUUUACUUUCGUUUCCUCGAGGCACUGGCCUGGGGAGCGCUUUUCUAGGUCUGCGACUGCACGUGGCUGGUAUGCCCGAGGCUGGCUCCUUCCCUGGUGCCACCUGGCUUCUGUAGGCCAUUGCUGGAAGACCCCUGUCCCUGCUUCUGGUUCUUUGGGGCAGGUGUUCGGGCAUCAGUGGGGACUUUGCCUGCAAUAGGUUCAGCCCAGGGCUCAGGCUGGGUGCACGAAUUUGCAUAUCACUGACUAGGCCGGGAUUCCCUCUCUAAUCUGAGCACCUUCUGGGUGGGGCUGAGCCUGGCUAGAGCCCGAUUUGAUGUUGGGAGGGCCUGGCUGGGUUUGCCUGGUCUGGGGUGGAAUGUAGGGAUCCCUGAGGGAGGCGGAGGCUGCUGGGGCCGAGUGAGAGCGGCACGGUGGGCGGGUGGAGGUGGUCUGCACCACCCUCGGGCCCUCCCCUAAGCCUCCUGAGGGUGAGUGAGGACUGAUCCCGACUGCAGUCUGGCUUCCUACUGCCGGUUCCGGAGCUGCCUCUUGGCUGCAACCAUGGGAGCUCUGGGAUGUUCGUGGUGGCCACAGGUCCUCAGCCAGGGAGACAAGGAUGUGCAGGGUAAGCACCUCCCCCAGGUCUCAUCUGGAGAAGAGCGUGUCCCCACGCAGAGGAGACAGGCGAGGCGUGGUGCACAUGUGAUGCCCACUUUGUUGCCUUUGUCUUUAGUGGAUAGGAAGGCACAGAGAGGUCAAAUCACCUGCCUGAUGCCCCACAGCCAGCUUGUAAGGCAUCUGGGAAUGAGGUCUGUGCCCUUUUCUAGAAAGAGCAGGGGGCGCAGGGGGGCCAGGGCUGUUGGAAGGUGGGUUGUUGGUGGGAAAUUUCCUGAUACGGUAGAAAUUUUUCUGAAUUGCCAUUCGUUCAUUUGUUUUUUUAUUUAUGUAUUGGGGCAGUCACGUUUUGUAGUCCAGGUCACUCUUGAACUUCUUAUAUAGCUCGGGCUGACCUGGAACUUGUGAUCCUGGGGCCUCAGCCUCCCAGAGUGCUGGGCUCACUGGUGUGCAUUCCACGCCCGCAAAAGUCACUUUUGGGGAGUCUUCUUCCGUGUCCCCAGGGCAGCGCACAUUCAGAUGGGUACCUUCAGAGAUUAGCGGGACUAGUGUGUCAUGGUUUUCAUUUGUUUUUAUGCAUUAACCCUGUGGGUCACUGCUAGGGUGGGUCACAGCUGCCCUAGACCUGCUGGUCUGCUUUCACCUGUGUAUUAAUAUUUUCUAUCUUUUUUCCUCCCCUAGUCCUCAGAAUUGAACCCAGGGCCUUUGCAUUAAGUUAAUCCUGAGUCUUUUAAAAAGAUUUCUUUUUUUAGUUUUUGAGACAGGAUCUCAUUAAGUUGGCUAGGCUGGGCUCCAAUUUGGUGAUCAUCCUGCUUCAGUCUCCCAGACUUCAGUCUCUGGAAUUAGAGGCGAGGCCUUCUUGGGCAGCUUUGUGGCCAGUGGGAUGGGGCCCUCGGCCUCAUCCCAGGGAAGCCCGGUGCCCCUGCCCUCUGAUCUCUCCUUCCGCUCCCCUACCCCCAGCAACCUGCCCAUGGUGCAGCUGUGGGCUGCCCAUGCCCAUGAAGGCUUCUCCCACCUGCCCAGUGGGCUGUACCCUUCCUACCUCCACCUGAACCACCUGGAGCCCUCCAGCAGUGGGAGCCCCCUCCUCAGCCAGCUGGGUCAGCCCAGCAUCUUUGAUACCCAGAAAGACGGCUUCUACCUGCCCACACCAGGGGCCCAGAGUGCCCUGCACUCCCACGCACCCUCCUCCAGAACCACCAGCGGCCACUCCUCUGGCGCACAGGCCAAAGGCUCUGCGUCGUCGCGGGAAGGAACAUCCAAGGAGCGCGUGGGCCGCAGCGGGGAGCCCACACUAUUCGGCAAGAAGGACCCCCGGGCACGUGAGGAGGCUGCCGGACCGCGCGGUGUGGUGGACCUGACCCAAGAGGCUCGGACCGAGGGCCGUCCGGACCGAGCGCCAGCGCGCCUGGCCGAGCGCCUGUCACCCUUUCUGGCGGAGGCCAAGGGCAAGGGCGCGCUGCAGGCGUCUGCGCUGGGCAUGUGCAACGGCACGGCGGACGCGGGCCUGGGGGCCAAGGAGGCGGCCCGGCAGGACGAAAGUGUGCGGCUGCUGCGCCGCGCAGAAGCACUGCUGCCUGUGCCAAGACCCUGCCCCUCACCGCUGCCGCCGCCGCCGCCUCCGCUGCCCCCAAAGGGGGCCCCCGGACCUCCCUCCUCUGCGCCCGCAGGCGUCUACACCGUGUUCCGCGAGCCGGGACGAGAGCAUCGCGUGGUGGCGCCCACCUUUGUGCCUUCCGUGGAGGCCUUCGACGAGCGCGCAGGACCCAUCCAGAUCGCAUCUCAGGCGCGUGACACCCGGACGCGCGAGCGAGAGCGGGAGGCAGGGCGGCCCGGGGUGCUGCAGGCGCCACCAGGAUCCCCGCGGCCUGAGCGCCCUGAGAUCCUGCGCGAAAAGAACUCCGUCAUCCGCACUCUCAAGCGCCCGCCGCCUCCUGCCGAUGCGCCCCCGACCCGAACCGCUCGCGCUUCCCCGGAUCCGCGCGUCUACUUGCCGCCCAAGGAGCUGCCCAAGCCGGAGGCUGAGCCACGGCCAUGUGAGCGCGCACCCCGGGGGGCCCUGCAGUCUGCCAAGCUCUUUGGCCUGGAGCCUGCGCGCGCCCCUGCACCCCCAGGUCCGGAGCCCAAGUGGAAGCCCUUUGAGCUGGGCAACUUUGCCACGACGCAGAUGGCCGUGCUUGCCGCACAGCACCACCACGCCAGCCGGGCCGCUGAAGAGGAUGCCUCCAAGAAGGCAUACCUGGACCCCGGCGGCACGCUGCCCCGUGCCCGGCCGGGCGCUGACCUGCAUCCUGGGGCACCGGCGGCCCACGGACCUGGAGAGGCCUCCGCCAUGCAGAGUCUCAUCAAGUACAGUGGCAGCUUUGCUCGAGAGGCAGUGGCUGUACGUCCUGGCGGAUGUGGCAAGAAGAGCCCCUUCGGGGGUCUGGGUACCAUGAAACCUGAGCCUGCGCCCACCUCUGCAGGCACCCCACGUGGCCAGGCCCGACUCCCACACCCUGGGGGUCCUGUAGCCAGUGGAGGCCGGCAGCUAAAGCGGGACCCGGAGAGACCGGAGAGUGCCAAGACCUUUGGGCGUGAAGGCUCUGGUGCCCAAGGGGAGGCUGAGGUGCGGCACCCGCCCGUGGGCAUUGCUGUGGCAGUGGCUAGGCAGAAGGACAGUGGUGGCAGUGGCCGGCUGGGACCUGGGCUUGCAGACCAGGAGCGUUCCCUGUCCCUAAGCAAUGUCAAAGGGCACAGCCGGGCUGACGAGGACUGUGCAGAAGACCGGGCCAGGCACCGGGAGGAGCGGCUGCUUGGGGGACGGCUGGACCGGGACCAGGAGAAGCUGCUCCGAGAAAGUAAGGAGCUAGCCGACCUGGCCCGCUUGCACCCUACCAGUUGUGCUCCUAAUGGCCUGAACCCCAACCUCAUGGUGACUGGGGGCCCAGCGCUGGCGGGCUCAGGGCGCUGGUCUGCUGACCCUGCGGCCCAUCUGGCCACACACCCCUGGCUGCCCCGCUCGGGCAGCACGUCCAUGUGGCUCGCUGGCCACCCGUACGGUUUGGGGCCCCCCUCGCUGCACCAGGGCAUGGCACCCGCCUUCCCACCUGGCCUGGGGGCCUCCCUGCCUUCGGCCUACCAGUUUGUCAGGGACCCCCAGUCGGGCCAGCUGGUGGUCAUCCCCAGCGAUCACCUGCCUCAUUUUGCAGCUGAGCUGAUGGAGCGGGCUGCAGUGCCGCCCCUCUGGCCAGCGCUGUACCCACCGGGCCGCAGUCCUCUGCACCACGCGCAGCACCUGCAGCUCUUCUCACAGCAGCACUUCCUGCGGCAGCAGGAGCUCCUUUACCUGCAGCAGCAGGCCGCCCAGGCCCUGGAGCUGCAGCGCAGUGCCCAGAUAGUGCAGGAGCGUCUGAAGGCCCAGGAGCAGCGGGCUGAAAUGGAGGAAAAAGUGAGCAAGCGGAGCUUGGAAGCUGCCGGCAAGGCUGGCCUGGCUGCUGCGGGCCCAGGGCUGCUGCCUCGCAAGCCCCCGGGCCUGGCCACCGGCCCCGCGGGCACCUAUGGCAAGGCCGUUAGCCCACCGCCGUCCCCCCGCGCCUCCCCCGUGGCUGCCCUGAAGGCCAAGGUCAUCCAGAAGCUGGAGGAUGUGGCCAAGCCGCCUGCCUACGCCUACCCUGCCACGCCCAGCUCCCUCCCCAGCAGCCCACCCCCUGCCUCCCCGCCACCCACCCCCGGCCUCACCCGUAAGGAAGAGGCCCCCGAAAAUGUGGUAGAGAAGAAGGACUUGGAGCUGGAGAAGGAAGCCCCCAGCCCCUUCCAGGCUUUGUUCUCAGACAUCCCCCCGAGGUACCCGUUCCAAACCCUGCCACCGCACUACGGGAGGCCUUACCCAUUCCUGCUGCAGCCCACAGCAGCUGCCGAUGCUGACGGCCUGGCCCCUGAUGUGCCACUUCCGGCCAAUGGCCCCGAGCACCUGGACCUCUCUCCUGAAGACAAACCCAUCUGCCUGUCACCCUCUAAGAUCCCUGAGCCACUGCGGGAGGCCCCGGAAGAAGAGCCACUGGCUGACCGGGAGGUGAAGGCCGAGGUGGAGGAUGUGGAAGAAGGCCCUGCAGAGUUGCCACCCCUGGAGUCACCGCUGGCCCUGCCUGUCCCUGAAGCCAUGGUGGCAGCAAGCCCUGCGGGCAGCUGUGGAGGUGGCCUGCAUGAGGCUCAGGUGCUGGGCACCACAGGAAAGGGCUGCCCAGAGCCCUCUGAAGACUCAGAUUUUGCAGAGGGGGCUGAGGUACAGGCGGAGUUGCCAGGCCGGACAGAGUCCCACACAGCCGUCCUGGAGCUGGCAGGGCGGUUGUCACCUGAGCCACUGGUGGAGACUAAGGAGGAGCCAGUGGAGGUACCCCUUGACGUGCCCAUGGAGACUCCCGUGGCCGAGGCUGGGCCCGAGGAAGGCCUGGCACAGCCGAUUCUGAGUGAACCCCAGCCCAGCCUUGAACUGCCAGACUGUGACCUGCCUGCCAGAGAGGGACCGUGCCCCAACCUGGAGGCCCAGGGGGCUGUGCCUGUGCCUGCCAGCACCUGCUGCCUGGAAGAAGGGUCCUCAGACCAGUUUCUGCCUGGCCUGGAGGACCCACUGGCUGGCAUGAAUGCCCUGGCAGCUGCGGCAGAGAUGCCUCAGGCUAGGCCUCUGCCCUCCCCAGACUCUGGAGCCCAGGCUACGGAGAGGCUGGAUACAACCCCAAGUCUGGUCCUGGAGCAGGGAUUCCUGCAGGGCAUCACCCUGCUGAGUGAGAUCGCAGAGCUGGAGCUUGAGAGGAGGAGCCAGGAGGUAGGAGGUGUGGAGCCCGGCCUGACCGUGCGGCCCUCACUGGAGAGCCUGUUGGCGGCCAGCAGCCACAUGCUGAAGGAAGUACUGGACGGCCCCUUUACAGACCCACUCAAGAACUUGCGGCUGCCUCGGGAGCUGAACCCCAAUAAGAAGUACAGCUGGAUGCAGAAGAAAGAGGAGCGGAUGUUUGCUAUGAAGUCUUCCCUGGAAGACAUGGACGCCCUGGAGCUGGACUUCCGGAUGCGGCUGGCGGAGGUGCAGCGCCAGUACAAGGAGAAGCAGCGUGAGCUCGUGAAGCUGCAGCGCCGCCGGGACUCUGGGGACAGGCACGAGGAUCCCCAUAGAAGCUUGGCACGCAGAGGCCCUGGCAGGCCACGGAAACGGACCCACGUCCCGAGCGCCCUGUCGCCCCCCUGCAAGAGAGGGAAGAGGCACAGCAGUAGCGGAAAGCUGAGCACCAAGUCCCUGCUGACAUCAGAUGACUAUGAGCUUGGAGCUGGGAUAAGGAAGAGACACAAAGGGCCUGAGGAGGAACACGACACGCUCAUUGGAAUGGGGAAAGCCAGGGGCAGGAACCACAGCUGGGAUGAACAGGAGGCCUCGUCUGACUUCAUGAGUCAGCUAAAGAUUAAGAAGAAGAAGAUGGCCAGCGACCAGGAGCAGUUGGCAAGCAAGCUAGACAAGGCCCUCUCCCUCACAAAGCAGGACAAGUUGAAAUCGCCCUUCAAGUUUUCGGACAGUUCUGGGGGGAAAUCGAAAACUAGUGGGGGCUGUGGCAGGUUCUUGACUCCUUAUGACAGCCUGCUGGGCAAGAACAGGAAGGCACUGGCCAAAGGCCUGGGCCUGUCUCUGAAAUCUUCUAGAGAAGGUAAACACAAAAGGGCUGCCAAAGCCAGGAAGAUGGAGGUGGGGUUCAAGGCCAGAGGCCAGCCCAAGUCGGCCCACUCCCCUUUCGCCUCGGAAGUGAGCAGCUACUCCUACAAUACGGACUCAGAGGAAGAUGAAGACUUCCUGAAGGAUGAGUGGCCUGCCCAAGGCCCCUCCGGCUCCAAACUGACCUCCUCCCUCCUGUGUGGCAUGGUGGCAAAGAACGGCAAGCCAGCCACCGGCCCCAAGCUGACCAAGAGGGGCCUAGCGGCCCCCCGGACUCUGAAACCCAAGGCGGCCGCCAGCAGGAAGCAGCCGUUCUGCUUGCUGCUCCGAGAGGCCGAGGCCCGCUUGUCCUGCAGCGACUCUUCGGAGGACUCGUUUGACCAAGAUGAGACCUCCGAGGAGGACGAGGAGGAGCUGGAGGAGGAGGAGGAGGAGGAGGAGGAGGAUGAGGAGGCUGCUGGUGGCUAUAGGCUGGGCACUCGGGAGCGGGCGCUGUCACCAGGCCUGGAGGAGAGUGGGCUGGGCCUGCUGGCCCGCUUUGCAGCCAGUGCCCUCCCCAGCCCUAUGGUGGGACCGUCCCUGUCUGUGGUGCAGCUGGAGGCCAAGCAGAAAGCUCGGAAGAAAGAGGAGCGGCAGAGUCUAAUGAGCACGGAGUUUGAGUACACAGACUCGGAGAGUGAGGUCAAGGUGCGCCGGCCGCCCCCCGCCACGCUGCUGCGGCCCAAGAAGGCACCGGGUGAGCCUGGGGCCCCGCUGGCCACCCCCGCGCCCUGCGCCCGUGGCCCCAGCAGCCCCGACAAGGCCAAGCUGGCCGCGGACAAGGGGCGCAAGGCCCGCAAGCUACGGGGUCCCAAGGAGCCGGGCUUUGAGGCGGGGCCCGAGGCCAGCGAUGACGACCUGUGGACUCGGCGGCGCAGCGAGCGCAUCUUCCUGCACGACGCCUCGGCUGCCGCAUCGGCACCCGCUCCCAGCAGCAGCACCCCGACCCCUGCCAAGGCCGGCCGCUGUGCCCGGGGCCCGCCCAGCCCGCGCAAGGACGGCGGCCGCGCCCGGGACAGGAAGGACCCCAGGAAGAAGAAGAAAGGGAAGGAGGCCGGGUCUGCUGCCACGCUGCCACCGGCCCGCGUGCCCAGCCUGCCCACUGAGGCCAGAGCCGCUCACGCAGGCCCACUGGCCACCGCCAAGAGGAGCAAGGCCAAGGCCAAAGGGAAGGAGGCCAAGAAGGAGAACCGUGGGAAGGGAGGUGCAGUGAGCAAACUGAUGGAAAGCAUGGCUGCAGAGGAGGACUUCGAACCCAACCAGGACUCAAGCUUCUCGGAGGAUGAGCACUUGCCACGUGGGGGCGCUGUGGAGCGGCCACUGACCCCAGCGCCGCGCUCCUGUGUCAUCGACAAGGAUGAGCUGCAGGAUGGGCUGCGAGUGCUCAUCCCCAUGGACGACAAGCUGCUCUACGCCGGCCAUGUGCACACUGUGCACUCGCCUGACAUAUACCGCGUGGUGGUGGAAGGCGAGCGCGGGAACCGGCCCCACAUCUACUGCCUGGAGCAGCUGCUGCAGGAGGCGAUCAUCGACGUGAGGCCGGCCUCCACACGCUUCCUGCCGCAGGGGACCAGGAUCGCGGCCUAUUGGAGUCAACAGUACCGCUGCCUUUACCCAGGCACCGUGGUCCGAGGGUUGCUGGACCUGGAAGAUGAUGGGGACCUAAUCACCGUGGAAUUUGAUGAUGGAGACACAGGCAGGAUCCCCCUCUCGCAUAUCCGCCUCCUGCCGCCCGACUAUAAGAUCCAGUGUGCCGAGCCGUCCCCGGCCCUCCUGGUGCCCAGUGCCAAGCGCCGCAGCAGGAAAACCAGCAAAGACACUGGGGAAGGCAAAGAGGGGGCCACGGCGGGGUCUGAGGAACCAGGAGGCAAGGCUCGAGGCCGAGGGCGGAAGCCCAGCACCAAGGCCAAGGGCGACAGAGCCACGGUCCUGGAGGAGGUGACCUCCACUGAUGAGGUCCCCGUUACCCCCUUGACCCUGGAGCCAGUCAGCACCCCAAGUUCCAAGAAGAGCCCCCCAGAACCUGUGGACAAGCGGGCGAAAGCCCCCAAGGCCCGCCUCACUGCUCCGCAACCUGGACCUGCACCGUCCACUUUUGCCAGCUGCCCAGCUCCUGAGCCCUUUGGGGAGCCACCAGCCCCUGCCACAGCCCUGCCUCCAGCACCCCUUGUCACCAUGCCCAUCACCAUUCCCGCCACCCGCCCCAAGCCCAAGAAGGCGAGGGCCACUGAGGAGUCUGGUGCCAAGGGUCCCCGGAGGCCCGGGGAGGAAGCCGAGCUGCUCGUCAAGCUGGACCAUGAGGGAGUCACGUCCCCCAAAAGCAAGAAGGCCAAAGAGGCCCUGCUCCUCCGGGAAGAUGUGGGGCCUGGGGGCUGGCAGGAGCCCAAGAGCCUGCCGGGCCUGGGUGGCCACCCCUCGGCAGCAGGCAGCAGCGAGGCCAAAACAGCCUGGCCCAAGGCCUUGGAGGGGGACCUCGCCCAGGAGCCUGGGGUGGGGCUCCCAGUGGAGGACCCUGGGGACCCCAAGAGCCCAGACAAGGCGCAGGCUGAGCAGGACGGGGCGGAGGAGUCCGAGAGCAGCAGCAGCAGCAGCAGCAGCAGCACCAGCAGCAGCAGCAGCAGCAGCAGCAGUAGCAGCAGCAGCAGCAGCUCGGAGACGGAAGGCGAAGAGGAUGGCGACAAGACCGGCGGGGAUGACCGCGGUGCUGGGGGUCGCACCUGCAGCGCUGCCAGCUCCAGGGCAUCCUCCCCAGCCUCCUCUUCCUCGUCCUCCUCUUCCUCGUCCUCCUCCUCGUCCUCCUCUUCUUCCUCUUCAUCCUCCUCCUCCUCCUCUUCCUCUUCCUCCUCCUCUUCUUCCUCCUCCUCCUCUUCUUCCUCUUCCUCCUCUUCUUCCUCCUCCUCCUCUUCCUCUUCCUCCUCCACCACGGACGAGGAUUCCUCCUGCAGCUCGGAUGACGAGGCAAACCCCGCACCUACGCCCGGCCCCUCCACCCAGCCAGCCCUGCCCAAGGCUCCUAAGCCAGCCAGCAAGGCCCGCUCCUCGGGCAAGAAGGCGCCUGCCGCCCAGCCACCGGCACCCCCGCCCCAGCCUGCAAAGCCCUUACAGCCCAAAAUGCAGGCUGGGGCCAAAAGCCGUCCCAAGAAGCGCGAGGGUGUACACCUGCCCACCACCAAGGAGCUGGCCAAGCGGCAGCGCCUGCCGUCUGUGGAGAACCGGCCCAAGAUCGCAGCCUUCCUGCCUGCCCGGCAGCUCUGGAAGUGGUUCGGCAAGCCCACCCAGCGGCGUGGCAUGAAGGGCAAGGCCCGCAAGCUCUUCUACAAGGCCAUCGUGCGCGGCAAGGAGAUGAUCCGCAUCGGGGACUGCGCCGUGUUCCUGUCCGCCGGCCGCCCCAACCUGCCCUACAUCGGCCGCAUCCAGAGCAUGUGGGAGUCGUGGGGCAACAACAUGGUGGUCCGUGUCAAGUGGUUCUACCACCCCGAGGAGACCAGCCCCGGCCGGCAGCUCCACGAGGGCCAGCAGCCCUGGGACCAGAAGUCUGGCCGCGGCCUCCCUGCGGCCCUGCGGGCCUCCAGCCAGAGGAAGGACUUCAUGGAGCGUGCCCUGUACCAGUCCUCGCACGUGGACGAGAACGACGUGCAGACGGUGUCGCACAAGUGCCUGGUUGUGGGCCUGGAGCAGUACGAGCAGAUGCUGAAGACCAAGAAGUACCAGGACAGCGAGGGCCUGUACUACCUGGCGGGCACCUACGAGCCCACCACGGGCAUGAUCUUCUCCACGGACGGCGUGCCCGUGCUGUGCUGAGCCCGCGCCUGUGUCACUACCCGUCCCCCAGCCCCCGGGCCCCGUGCCAGUGCAUGUCGGGGGAGAGAGGCGUGCGUGUGCCCGUAUGCAUGCACGUGUGCACACGCCCGCCCCCUCCGGCCGGGCUCCUGGGCGCCCCGGGUGUGGCGGUGCCAACGCAGGCGACAGGGCUUUGGGGAGCCGGGCCGCCACUCUCGCUGCGCUGCGGUUCCCGGUCUGGUCCGAGACCCCAAUGGACAGGUCACCCGCUGCGCCCAGUGCGCCAGUGCCCGGCCCCACCGGGACACAGGGGCGGGGCGGGGGAGGGGAGCCCAGCCCCCCACACUACAGACCCCCCAUGGUGCUUACCCCCCCAGUCGCGCCCGCCCACCCGGAGGGCGCCGGGUCCUUAACCUGUACAGUUUUAUUGUACUGAGAGUGACUCCCCUGCCCCUGUAUCAUACGCCUUUAAAUGGAGUCAACUUUUUAACUAUAUAUAUAAAGA